AUGGCAUUGAGCUUCAUUAAGGAUUUAUGGAACAAAUGGAACAUCCGAGGUUUCAUGAUACUGAGCCUCUCACUUCAUAUCUUUUUGCAUCUAUUUGCACCCCUCAGAAGGAAAACAAAGAAUUCGCGCCUCACCUUCCUCUUGUGGUUGGCCAAUUUGAUGGGUGACUGGAUAGUUGUGCUCACAGUCAGGCUCAUCUCUUCCGACGGAGGCCAUCCGUUCGCUCAUGUAACUAAAGUAGACAGCGCACUUCAGGUAUUUUGGACCUCAUUUCUCUGGUUACAUCUUGGCACUCCUGGCACCAUCAUUAUCCUCACUUUGAAUGAUUCACGUUGGGGACAAAACUUGCUCAGUCUUACAUUUCCGAGCGACAAGGUACUGGCACUUUAUCUCUCAAGUCUCCAAAGGCUCAGGAAAUCGAUACUCUUACGGCACAAGAAUUCUAAUUCCAAAGAAAACAAGUCAGUUCUUAAAACGCUAAAAGAUGAAUUUUCUGAUGACGAGCUUCCUGAGAGCAUUGUGGUGAAGCAUGCUCACUGCUUCUUUCAAAUCUUUAAGGUCUUCCUUCCAGAUCUCAUGUUCUCAUCUCAACAUCGCAAUGAUAGCCGCGAUUAUUUCCACAAAGUUUCUGCAGUCAAUGCAUUAAGGGUGAUAUCGGUUGAACUUCAAUUCUUUUACGAGUUGCUCCACACCAAAGUAUUGGUAACACGUUCCAAGUGGAGCUACUUUUUCCGCUUCAUAGCCUUCACUAACGUUGUGAUGGCUUUCGUCCUCUUCAGUCGCUUGAAGAAGCAUCGGUUUCCCGUACUCGAUGUGGAAAUUACUUAUUGCCUUCUUAUCGGGGGGAUUGCUAUUGAUGUCAUAGCUCUGUUCGAGCUCGUUUUCUCCGAUUGGACUGUCGUUGAAAUCAUGUGUCACAACAUAAGAUCACCUAAACUAGGUUCAUUACUUCACAAGUUGGUAUCCGCCACGGAUGGCCUGAGGAGGCCCCGAUUCAUCACAUGUGAAGUAGAUCCUAAUGCCAAUGUGCCUUACGAGGUCUUAAAUACACCGCUUGUGUUUCGGAGAUGGUCCGAAUCUAUCUUUGCUUGCAACCUUUUAUCCGAGAGUUUGAAGUAUAGUCUAAGAAAGAAGUAUAAUCGCAAUCGGCAUCGGGACACCUUUUAUCCGAGAGCUUCAAGGAAGCCCUUUAUUAAGGAACUAUGGAUUUUCAUCUUUGGGGAGGUGAAACGUAAAUCCGAAUUCGCGAAUGAUCCGGCAAAAGUGAGGAAGAUAUUUAACGCUAGAGGUGAUUUAUUUCUCAAGAGUGCACCGGGGGAUUUCGAUUGCAGAAAUCUUUUAAAAUAUGUCACCAAUACUUAUUACAAUGACAAUAUUAUAGCGUGGCAUAUUGCUACUGAAAUCUGGUACCACAAAGAGAAAGUCACCCCAAAAAAUGACGAAAGGAAAUUCAGCAAGAUCCUUUCCGAUUACAUGUUGUAUCUUUUACUGAAGCAGCCAAAUUUAGUGUCCGCUGUGGCAGUGGCAGGCAUUGCCCAAAUGAAAUCAGUGGAGAUAUUCAGCGAGCUUCGGAGACUCCAAAAUUUGAUCAAAAAGAGAACGGAUAUGAAUGAGCUAUGCGACAAAUUGUUUAAGGUUCCUAUCGAACAACCGCAUGAGGGUGAUUCCCGCCGUUGGAGAUCCCCGCUCAAGGGAGGGUUACGUUUGGCCCGAGAGAUGGAAAGGCUCCGGGAAAGGAAGUGGGAGGUGAUGAGCGGAGUGUGGGUUGAGAUGCUGUCAUAUGCAGCGAGUCAUAUUAAGGGAGAGGCGCACGUGCAGGUGCUGAGCAGAGGUGGAGAGCUUCUUGCCUUUGUUUGGCUGUUGAUGGCUCAUUUCGGCUGUCUCCACAAAACUGGAUGGGGCAUGUAUUAUGAGCCCUGGGCUGAUUCAGGAUCUGAUGGCAAUGAUGCUAUGAAUGGAGGUGAAGAUGAUUCAGAAUCUGAUGGCGAUGAUGCUAUGAAUGGAGGUGAAGAUGAUGAAAUCAUUGAUGUUGAAGAUGAUGAAAAUCAUUGA